AUGAAGAGCGACUACGGCCAGCCCUCCUCCGCGCGCCCCACCUCGGUGCAGCCCAUCUCCACUGCCGGCAAGCGCACGUACGCGGACGCGGCCCUGUUGCCGGCAAAGCCUGUGGACUCCUCGCUGCCGCUGUCGUUACAGCUUGGCAAGCGCCGCCGCCGCCGCUCAACCUCGACCUACGCCACCCUCGCGCGCCGCUUGCAGCACCGCGAGCUCGGCCUGGGCAACGCGGGGCUCUCUGGCCCGGCCCUGGCUCGCGACAAGUUCGCCCACAUUCGCCUCCAGGUCUCGUUCGAUAUCCACGCGAAGCCCUGCGAUGACGACCCCAGAUUGUGGACGAGGCAUCCCAAUCGCAGCAGGAUCAUCGAGAUUGUUAGCAGCCGCGAACUUAUUUUCGCUCUCGCGAAUAAUGGCGUUUGCACCGUCUUUUCGAGGGACUUGAGGGAAAAGCUCUGUCUGGUUAAUACGUGCAAGGGAGAGGUUAUCAGAAGCCUGUUCUUGAACAAGACUAAUGAUUCGUUGAUUACCGUGUCCGUGUUUAAGAAGGAUGAGUUUUCGAGCUUGCACUGUCGUUCCACACCGCUUGCACACAUCAGGAAGGGGAAGAUUGAAUCUGGCUAUCCCAUUUUCGAAACGGAGAGCCUGCGUUGGCCGGGUUUCGUCGAGUUUGAUGAUGUCAACGGUAAGAUUCUCACCUUCUCCGCGGAUGAUAAGACUUACAAGGUCUGGGACUUGCGAACUUAUGAGCAUGCUUUCACUAUACCGUACAAGGGAAUUACAGAGAUUAAGAUUUCCCCGUGUAUCAUGCUCCUGGUUUUCGACCGAAUGGAAUCCUACGUUCCAAUUCGCAUCUUAAACGUGGAGAACGGAGAGCUGUUGAGGGACAUCAAGCACAUGCUGCAUCGUAAGCGUAAGCUCGAGUUUAUUGAACAGUUCCAUCAAAAGCUCUUGGUUAAGCAGGAGAAUGAGAAUCUCCAGAUUGUCGACGUUUGCACAGGCGAUCAUGUUGUUGUCGAACGCAGCCAUUUUCUACUGCCAAACGCUUUCAUCUUCUUGUACGAGAGUGAGUUGUUUCUCACAUUUCAGAACCGCCACGUCAGCGUCUGGAACUUUUCUGGCGAACGCGUAACUGCCUUUGAAGAUCAUACCCUGUUUAGUCAGGAUUCAAGCACCAAUUGCAUUUAUAUCACACAAAAGCAAGAUAUUAUCGUCUCGCAUUGUCAUCAGGACGGCGACUGCGGCCACGGUUCCAUCAACAUGUCGUGGAUUGACAGCGGCAAGUCGCUUGGCAAAAUCACCUGUGGCCCAGACCACGCCGCUGACCAUAUUCGCGCCCUGGAAAACGUAUCUGCGUUGCACUACAACGAGGAACGAAACGAAGUCUAUUCAGGCACGAGGGACGGCUUGGUACAUGUCUGGUCUAACUAG